GUCAAGAUGGCAGCGCACUGGGGCAAUGAAAAUGUGUCGGUCGAGUAUUUUCGGGAGUCUCAGGCCACAGCCAUGGCAGUGGAUAUCACUGGAGGGUUUGCCCUGCUUGCUGGGCGGCGUGGGCUGGACGUUAUCAGCCUGGACCAUCCGGGUGCCCGCCACCCUCGCGUCAAAAGGAAAGGGAUGAUGAAGUGGGACAUUAGCGUGGUGGAAUGGAACCCCCAUGCUGAUCGACACAUGGAGUUUGUCACAGCGUCCAAUCAAGUAGCUGAUUUGUAUGUCAGACGAGAAGGAGAGUGGUUUCAAGAGCAUUCAUUGAAGGCACAUACAAGGGCCAUCAGUGAUCUGAACUGGUCAGUGUUUGAGCCAGACUUGCUGGCGACCUGCUCUGUUGAUACUUACAUCUAUCUGUGGGACACCAGGGAACCUAAGAAACCAUCCCUGGCAUUCUCAACAUUUGCCGGAGCUGCCCAAGUGAAGUGGAAUAAAAGAAACAGUAACUACCUAGCCACGGUGCAUGAGGGGGACAUCAGACUGUGGGAUAAAAGGAAAAACAGCCAGGCAGUCCAGUACAUCUCGGCCAGCUUGAGUAAGAUCCACGGACUGGACUGGGACCCGGGCAGUGAGUUCUUCCUGGCGACGGCCAGCCAAGACUGCACAGCAAAGUUCUGGGAUGUCCGUGAGCCUAAAAAGACCAUUUUGGAACUGAGAACCAACACCCCAUUGUGGAGGACACGCUACACACCAUUUGGUGACGGCGUAGUGACAGCCACUGUUCCUCAGCUGAGACGAGGGGAGAAGAGUCUACUCCUCUGGAGCCAGUCCAACCCCCUUGGGCCGAUACAUUCCUUCACUGGUCACACUGACGAUGUGCUGGACUUCCAGUGGAAAACACAGAAGGAAGGCUCAAAAGAUUUCCAGUUGAUCACAUGGUCCAGGGAUCAGAGUCUGAGGAUAUGGCGUGUGGAGCCACAUCUUCAGAAGCAAUGUGGAGUGGACAUCCCCGAACCUGUCUCCCCAGAUCCCCAGCAGAAGGACCCCCUGAUCGGCAGCUACGAGUUCGUGACGACCCCCAAGGACAUCCAGCCAUCCCCUGACAAUGUCGGGUCCCCGGGGGGUGCCUCCAUCCCCACUCAGGUGGUUCACAGCAAAGCCCUGGAGUUGAACGGUUCAGGGGGUGACGUAGGGGGCCCGGAGACCGCCAGCUCGGCAGGCUUGGUGGCCAGCGGGAGCUACACUCAGAAGGCAUCAGUCAUGGAGCAAGAGUUCACUGCUGUAAAAGUCAACCUUCCAAACGUGACCAUUCAGAAGAUGGACGUUGAAGGUCAGUUCUGCACAGUAACAGCCUUCUCACAUCGCCACAUCAUCAUCAUGAAGAUCAUUUUCCCUCCCUCCUACCCAGAGAAAGCCACGCCCCAGCUAGUCUUUCUUCCAGCCACCACACUGGACAGUAAUGUCAAGCAUAAACUCUUAAAGAUUCUGGAAGACACCUGCAUCCGACAAAUGGAGAACAACAAACUGUGUCUGGAAGCCUGCCUCCAGCAGCUGUCUGUCAGCAUCGAUGGCUUGAAGUUGACUUCAGAGAUUCCGUCGGAGCCACCCAAACCCGCUACACCCUCCAGCUACAAGCAGACCUCAUCCUUUCUGAGUAACUAUGGCAGCCAGCUGGACAGAAACAUUCCCUUCCCGAGGACCUCAGGAGCAAGAUUCUGUGGCGUUGAUAAGCUGGUGGUGUUUCUGCGGCCAGGUAACAUCAAGAAAAGCGGCAGUCAUCACGGCACACCAAGGGCCCUGUCAUCUCUGAGCACGCUCAACUUGUUAAGGCCAUUGCCCAUGGGCCAGGGCCCUAGCAGCCAAUUGCCCGAGGCCGUGCCAUCAUUGCUGCGCAACUUUUACAAAGAGAGGGAAAAGAAACAGCGCCGGAUUGGCAAACACCGCAAGAAAACUUCGGGCUCUGAUCCGACAUUGACUGCCAAAUCCUCGGGCACCAGCACCACGGGUACCAGCCUGGUGGUGCUGUACAGCGCCGUGGGACUGACCCCGGUCCACCAAGAGCUGGCCAAGAAAUACAAGUUUAUAAGACAUGACAUUCCCCUGAUGUGCACCUUGAAUGCAGAAGUAGCAGCGUCUGUUGGAAGGACUGACUUGGUGCAGAUGUGGUCCUUGGCUGCCUUGUCCAAUAGCAGUGAGCUUCAGCCCUAUUCUGAUCCUGACGGUGAAACGCCCUGGGCCCAACACCCGUUUGGGAGACAACUGCUGCAGACAUUGUUUGACCAUUACAGCAGCCUACAUGACGUCCAGACGUUGGCUAUGCUCAGCUGUGCCUUUGGCUCCAUCUCCAUCCAUUCCAGCCUGCCCCCUGGCAGCCAAUCACAUGACGUCAAAAGCUAUCUUGUGACUGACAGAACAGAUCCCAUCUUCACCAAGGACUGGCCCAAUGAGAAGCCAACGCCGUCGAUGAGCUUCUCCGAGUCCCCCGACGACUACCGCUUCGGCGAAAACAGAGACCCAGAGCAGAUUGAGAAAGAGCAACACCAACACAGCACCAAAUUAUUGGAGCCUUGUCUAACAGCCCAGUUUGACGCUUUCAAGAAGAGCUAUGCUGACAUUCUGUACAGGUGUAAACUGCUCAACGAGCGAGCUCAGGUUCUCAACUAUCUCUCUUGCCCAUCUCUUGGUGACAGUGAUCUUUCAUUUUCUGAUUUUGGAGUAUUCUGUCAAAAAUGCCACAAACGUUCCUACAAGGUCCAGUGUGAGCACUGCCAGAGUUACAGCUUCCAAUGUGCCAUUUGCCACACAGCCGUCAAAGGUUCUUCAAGUUUUUGCCUGGCCUGCGGCCACGGGGGUCAUACCAGCCACAUGCUGGAGUGGUUCAAGACAGAAGAUGUCUGCCCAACGGGCUGCGGCUGCCGCUGCCAGACCAACACCAAGCGAGCCUGUGAAGACAGUCCCUUACCCACCGAUCCCGUUGUCAACAGGUGACACCUGUGACCUGAUGGAAAAGAGGCCACCUAGGAUGUAGUGCUGUGUCAAUUAUUCAAAUACUGCGAUUUUCGAUCAGCUCCCAGUCGUCUGUCCUGAAACUCAACAAGACAGACCUCAUAGUAUUUUGUUUCCACUCUUGGAGGAACAUGGCGUAAGCGAUUAUGUCAACAUCCAUUCGAAUGGAAGGUGAAAUAUUCUCAUUUUCAAUUAUUUGAACUGACUCGGCCUCAGCAAAAUGGAAGGCCACCCACUUGUGGGGACUUAUCACAAUUAUUGCCAUGCCUUUGGCCCAUUUUUGGUAGGCAAGAAAAUAAAAAUAGUCAGGAUGUAUGUACAGCCCAUUUUCAUGGUAGCAGUGUCUGACAUUGUAGCAAACAAAUAAAAUUUGGAUGAUUGGUGCUAAAUUGUUUUUUUUGGGGGGGGGAGUGGAGUUUUAUCUGCCCACACUCAACACCCGUAAUGAGGAAAUCAAUUUAAGAAUGUUUUACAUAGUCGUCUCUUUUUGUCUUUUGGACGCAGUCCUCAUCUGACAGAGCUCUGAAAUUCUCUGUUUUAUGCCAUCAAAAUUGGCCAACAAAAUCCAGCCAUCAAAUGUUAAACUCGAGUUGUUUUAGGUUGUGAGUUCUUCAUUUAUUAUUUGAAGGGGUCAUAUAACUCACCAUGAGUUGGCUUCCAUUUCAUGGAUGUCCUUGUCAGUGCAGGGUUUGUGCUGAAAUUUUCAUUGGUUAAUACUGCUCAAUACAAGCACUUCUAAUUUUCGGAGCUUAUGAUUUUCCUAAGCAGUUCUGCGCUUCAUAUCCUUGAUAAAAGUCCUCCCUCUAGCAGAUUCCAUUUUAGGAAAAAAGAAAUAAAAUUAUUAUAAGAUAUUAUUCAAGAACGUGUGAAAAAGCAAGGUCAUUCCAAGUCAGAUCAUGAAAUUUCCUGGCACCUCCCACAUUAAACUCAUGUCUGAUUCCCCCCUCCCCCGUUGUAAUCAAGAUGUUAUUAUGCCAAAUGAAUAAAUACCUAGGCCCAGUUUCACAGAGCUACUCAACAGCACAAGUUGUACUUACUGCAGCAGACAUUGCUUACUGUAAGCAGUAUUUCACGACAUUGCUUAGCGGGGUUGUGCUUAUGCACACAGCACAUAAAGAUUCCCAUUGUAAUGUCACUAAGUCGAGUAUAAAAUGUUUUUUCUUCUGCCGGGUUUAGUGCUCAUGGUCUCCAUGAAAUAAGUGGAGCCUCAGUUAGUGUAAAACCACAUGUUCAGCGGCGCUGUGAAAUUGGACCGGGGAUGAGGUUAUCAGUUCCAGACACU